UUAUAUGUACUUCACGUCUUACACAUUAUUUUCAUUUGUAGCUGUGUUUUAUUUUUUUUUUGGUAAAGAGAUCAUGAACCAAAUUAUUCAAGAAAAAUUUAUCCCUCAGCAAUUGCUACAUUUCCUUGCUGGACGACGAUGUUGCCAAGCAUUUCCAUGCACGUUUCGAACGACUGAUCAUCAAGUUUUUAUAAAUUCCGCCCGGGCGCUGGGAUUGCGAUCACUUUGCGUUUUCAACAAUGGUCUGACCAUCAAGGUCUUUAAGCAAGCAUGCAGACAUUAUCUAGAAGAACCCAAAGUCUUGGCCUUAUCAUCCACAACCAUCAUGAAUAUGUUUACCUUGCUGAGUCGCGCAUCCUUGAUGGCAAAAGAUUUGGAGAUUUGCCCGGAUUAUAUGGGAUUGGGGGAAGUUGAAAUAGAAGUUCCGCAACUUGCGGUCCAGCUGCCAUUAUCACAAAUACAACCGGCUAUGCCACGUUUCAAAACUGAGAGUCAACGGAAUAUCCUUCGCAGCUUUCCCGGCUAUUCCUCUACACCGGAAGUUUUAAAUUCCAUUUAUUCCCAUCGGGUUGUUGCCUUCAAUGCAGAUUUAUAUUGGGACAAGUCGGUAUACAUUCCACUUAUUCUACUCGAUGAUUGCGAGCAAAAGAAGACAGGACUACGAAUCAUGUGCAUCGAAAGAGAUCAGAUCAUUGCUAUUCACAACAGCCAGCGUAUGGCCCAAUUUUUUGUUGAAGAGGUUGGCAAUACGGUGGGGAUUGAUGUGCCGCAAAGCACAAUCAUAAGUCCAAGUACUCAGAUAAUAUAUUCAACAGCCAAGCAAUUUCUACGUUCCAUGGUCAGUCAUAACAGUGAAAAGUUUCAGAACAUAAGCCACUUUGUGGUUAACGAUGUCCAUCAUCAUGAACCGUUCACUGAUAUCUUGCUGGGCGAAUUGCGUGAUGCAUUGAAUAAGAGUUUGAAUUUUCGCAUAAUUCUCCUCUCCCAAUUGGCCAGCCCAACGAAAUAUAUUAAUUUUUUUGGCGAGGGCGCUGAACUUAGCAUGGAACGUCUUCACUUAACUGGUCCCCGGAUUUCUUAUCUGGAGGAUAUACACAGUUGCAUUGCAUUGGCCGGUAUACAUAAGGGCCCGGACAUCUACAAGGAUUUACCCCAAGUAUUUAGAAAUAAGAAUCAAAGAAAUGAACAAAUGGACAAGUGUUUGCAGGUCUACGAGGAAUUGGGAACAGAUGUAUCCAUACGUCCUUUUCUCUAUGCCAUCAACUAUGAGCUAGUACCUAUAAAUUAUAGACAUUCGAUUAGUGGAAAGACAGCCGUUCUUAUUGCCUCCCAAUUAAAUAAUGCCAGACAUCUACGUCUCUUGUUGUAUAUGGGUGCCGAUCCCUAUAUGGUAGAUGAGCAGCAUCAGAAUGCCAUUUCAUUGGCCGCCAUGAAGGGUAACAGCGAGUGCAUCGAUGUCCUUAAUAACUACAGUCUGCAUGGUUAUGUGGUUAAGAACGCCAAGCCCGAAUUCAUUGACUACGAUUUGAUAAUCGACAUAAUGUACCUUCUAGCCACCAAGCCGGAAUUUUCUCCAGGAAACAUUUUAAUUAUUUUGCCCAGUUAUUAUCAUAUUGUUAAAUUGAACUACAUGUUGUUGAGCCAUUGUUUAACCGAGAAUUUGCAAGAGUUUUCCAUAUUCCUAUUGCACGAGGACAUGACCAAGGAGUAUGUAGAUACCAUAAUAAAUGCACGCUCUGAUACCGUGAUGGUUGUCCUGGCCACAGAGAUAAUUGAAUCGUUGCCCUUGCCGAUUUCAUUUAAAUAUGAAAUUGAUACGGCAUGUCAAAGGACAUCCGUGUAUGAUAGUAAUAGCUAUUGUGUCUAUGACAGAUAUGAAUGGGUGGCCAAGGAUUGUCUGUUUCGCAGGCAACUGCUACUCGAUGCCGAAGCUAAAGAUACCCAUUGCUUUCGUUUAAUAUCGAAAAAUGCCUGCGAAGUGCUAAAUGAGACAAGUCGACCACUACUACAGUCAAUGCAGCUGGACAAGAUUUGUUUGUUGGUCAAAUUGCUAUCGCCAUAUACAGUGAUUAGUGAAUAUUUGAGCUUUGCCAUUUCGGCACCACCAUUGAUAAAUGUACAUCAUACGGUUCAGAUUCUAAAGAAAAUCGAAGCUUUGAAUGAUGGCGAAGAAGUCACCUGGCUUGGAUGUCGACUGUUGGAUAUUCCAGUUCCCUGCCAGUUGGGACGUACUUUAAUUUUUGGUAUUUUACUUAGAUGUUUGGACCCAAUAUUGACCAUAGUAAGCGCCAUGGUCAAUACAGAUCCAUUGGGUAUUCCAUUUAACGAGGACAUUGAUCAACUGUGGGAUAGAUUCACAAUUUAUAUACAAUGUCGCAUUAAGAAUGAACGUGCUCGUCUGGCUGAGAAUCAAUAUUCCGAUCAUUUUAUUUUCGUUCGUCUAUUUCAAGAAUGGCAUUCUCGUAUGACCAAGAAACCGACUACAUUCUUGUGCUUGACCGAUGAAUAUGAUUUUGUACUCAAUGGCCUGAUGGAGCGGGUUCAUGCAACACGUUGUGAAAUUGUCCGUGCACUGGAACAAGCUAAUUUAAUUCAUAGUGAAGGAUCGCUGAGCUUGGAAACGAUUAAUUUAAAGUCAGCCAGUUGGCCCACUGUUAAGGCAGCCCUGACCGGCGGAAUGUAUCCAAAUAUUUGUGCUGUGGACAAUGAGAGAAAUUGUCUAAAGUCAGCAUAUUCGGUCAAUGUUCAUUUGCAUCCCAAUACAGUGUUACGUGACUUUUUGGAACCCUUUACCAAGUCAGCUCAAAAAUUUCGCACACCCUGGAUUGUCUGUUCGAAGCAGAAAAAUCAUAUUGUAUAUGCCUCUGUGGUUGUUCCUAUGGCGGUUGCCCUAUUUGCAGGUUCUAGCCAUUUGCGUUCCUCUCAGGUUUGUGAUACGAAUCCUGCAACAAAUGAUCGCAAUGUACAAUUAUUUAUUGAUGAAUGGAUCUGGAUGGUUAUGCCAAAAUCUGUAAUCGAAUUAGUUAUGAAGACACGACAAUAUUUCUUUAAAUCGUAUCAUUAUCUGUUGAAAUACUGUAGCCAGCCGGAAAUGUGGUCACGUAAUGCGAAUUAUUCCCUUUUGUAUGAUACAUUGGCCACUGCAUUUGAGAAUGAGGAAACUGAGGCUGGGUUUCAAAAAAUUUCUGAAAUUGACUAUCAGCCAUUCGUGAAGAUUACCAAUAAUUAUAUAUUGGCUGUAAAUCAAAAUUUUAGUUGGAAUCAGGAGAUUGAUGAUAAUUUUGAUCUAACUCAGAGAGCAGCGCCCUAUGAUCUAAACACACAUUUUGUAGAGAGACAAUUCUUUUUGUUGCACACCAAGGAAUCCGCUGAUGAUUUCUUUCUCAAUAUCAAUGAAGCUUACAUUGAGAGAGUACUUGGAAAAUUUGCACGACCAAUUGAGUCACCAAAUAGGCAUAUAUUUGUAAUACUCUAUAGCAAAAAUCCAGAUGUAAUGCUUAGCGUUAGUCGGGCUAGAACCCUAAAUGGUGAAUUUACAUUAAAGGAAUACUUUCGUAAUACGAUUCCUGUAUACGAAAUGUUGGAGGCAUGUGCAACAAUUAAUGUAAAUGUACCCAAUUUCGAUGGACGUUUAAUAUCAUGCCUUAUUGAUAAAAGAGUUGGAAAACUAAUAAUGGAUUUGUUUGCCUUUCGUCAUCAUUGGAUUCAUAAGAGACAUUCGUUCCGUACGGAUGAUUUUUCGGAUUCUGAAUUGGCCUCUCAAUUUCAAUUUCUAUUGCGGGAUAAUAAUUUAAUAGCUCGUAUCCAAAACGUGUAAUUAACUCACUCUGGAUAUGAAUUGAAUGAAAGAAUGUAAUGAGGAUGACGCCAAAAAAAAAAAGAAAAUCGAUUGAUUUUAUAUUUAUACACUUUACUACUAUGAACUUUUGGUUAUCUCUUACUAAACUUUACUUAACUGUCCCCAAAAAUAAUCAAAAAUGAUGUGAAAUAAGAAAAUUUUUU